GAGACGAAGAAUAACGAGACCCAAAACGUCAGCAAACGGCUGGCUGUGACCCUCGCUGCUGAUGAAACCCAUCAAUACCGGGGUAAUACGUUCAUGAACAAGGAAGGAUACGAGUACAGUUUGUCUGCUGCUCUGGGGGCAAGUGGACAGAUAGGCCGACAUCGAUGA